AUGGCCGUUACAAGAAACGUCAAACAACUUCAGUUGACGUUUUACCCUGAAGAGGAGAAUGAGGAUGUCGAGAUAACCCAUUGUCUUGUGACUUGCUGUUCCUUGGAGGCAUUAAUGUUGGAUUUGAAUUAUCGUGGUCUAAAGUUGCCUAAUAUUAUGGGGUUUCCUCGCCUUAAGGAUCUUUAUUUGGCCUGUGUUGACUUGGGUGACGGCAGUGUGGUAAAAGGUUUUCUGGAAAGCUGUCCUUCGCUUGAGUAUCUGGGUUUGUUAGACUGCAUGCUAUGCAAACUUGAUCUUCUUUGUAUUUCAAGUCCGAAGCUCAAGAAGCUUAGCAUUCUUAAUGUGGCCCUUAUGGAUGAUGGCCAGAGUGGCGGAGUUAAGAUUUCCUGCCCAAAACUGGUAGAUUUGGAGUUAAGAGGUCUUAUAGCAAAUAAUUUUUUCUUUGAAUGUCUUGACUCCUUAAAUAAAGCAGGAAUUGAGCCUAAAUUGACGGGGAACAUCAAAUCUGUAUUGUUUCCUGGAAUUUCUCAUGUGGAACAUCUGUGGAUUGACCUUUACUUCUUUAGUCAGUGCAUUAAUCUUGCAUGUAAUCCGACCCUAGCUAAUCUGAAGACUCUGGCUCUAAUCAUAGCAAUUGAUGCCUUCACCAUGGAUGAACUCAUUCGAAUUCUCAAAUAUUAUCCCAAACUAGAGUCUCUCAAGUUAAUUGUUAAAGAGGAAUUUGAUGGGCCGGAAGAGCGGGAGUUGCAUGAAGGUGAUGCAAGAAAAAUGAUGACUCCAGAUGUGAAAAAGCUUGAGUUUUUUGAAUUUAAGGGAGAAAAGCCGAAUCUCGUUUUAGAUUGGCAUGAAGUCAUAAUUAUGGAAAUAGUUUUUAGUUGGGGUACCAAAGCCAAUUACUUUUCUUAUAACAGAUUAUGA